CGCACACGAGGCAGCCAAGCCUCGCCUUCCGAGGAGAUGCCCAGGGAUCUCAGCACUCAGUCGGUGGAUGCCAGGGGUCAGACUUGGCGCGUUUCCAGACCGCAUCUGAGACAUCCUGAGCCUCGGCCUCGAGGGGGCGCUAUUCGGCCUAGUCGAGGAUCAAGCGGCUGCCAACAAGCCCCGAGGUCAAGGCCCGGGCCACCACCAGGACUUGGAAGGCCGGGAUCCAGACAGAGUCCUGGGGAGACUGAGGCGGGGAGCCAGAUCCCCGAGGACAAAGAUGGGCGGGCCAGUGGAAUCCGCCGAAGCUGCCCAGAGCUGCUCCGAGGAGCGCAGGGCCUGUGGCUCGAACAAACUUUCCGGCGGCGGAGGGGCGGAGGAGCCGGGCUGGAGGCUUCUCCCCCGAGCCCCUGCUCUCCUCCACCUGCCAGCGCUCAGCCUCCGCCCAGCCUUCGCCCACCCCCGUUUCCUCCCCCUCCCCGCGCGCCUCUGUUCACUCAGACUCCUCAUCUCUCUCCUCUCCCCUCCUCCUUCUCCCUCUUGCCUUUCUCCCUCACUUUUCUCCUGUCUCUUCUUUUGUAUUCUCUCCUCCCUCGCCGCCCCGGUUGCCUCUCGCCUCCUCGGGGCCGCAGAAGAGGAGGUGAGCGCGCUGCGCCCGGGGCCUGCGCGGCGCAGAGGGAGGCGUUUCUCCUACUUCUCCCGGGUAAUUUGGAGAUUGUAUGUGUGCGCGCGCGCGUGAGGUCGAGGCGAAAAGGGGUAGGAUCCAGCGCCAAGCAGAGAGGGUCAGGGUCUUGACGUUCCUCGCCAGCUGCACAAACCUCCCGGAGCAAGUGUGAGUGUGGGUGAGAGUGCGCGCGCGCGCGCACGGGCUGGCUGCGCUUGGCACGCUUGGUGGCCCGGGGCCCCGGGGCCCGGGGUCCCGUCUGGCGGCCCGGGAUUAUCGUGACGUCAGAUUGAGCCUCUGGCCACCUUGGACUGGGACACCUCGGGAGCAUCACAGCCCCGCGCCGCGCCUCUCCUCGCCACCGCGCGCCUUUGGGAACCGGCACCUUCUUCCUUCUCCUGCCCAUCCAUGGGCCCUUCUGUCUUCCGGACCCCACGGGCCAGAGGGGCGCCUUCCGGAACGCACGGCUUGGCAGCCCGGCUGCCCUCGGCUCUGCCUCCACUCGGGCCAAGCAGGCAGACCAACUGGCGCUGGGUACCCGAGGCCGUGUAAGGAACCGAGGCGCCGCACAGCUGGGGGCGCCGAGUCGCGGGGCUGAGACGGGAACUCGCAAGGGAAGAGGAAGGCUGGCCGGGGACCGCCACCAUGUCCUUCCCGCACUUCGGACACCCAUACGGCGGUGCUUCCCAGUUUCUGGUGUCUGCAAGUUCUAGCGCCACUUGCUGCGAAUCCAGCCCGCGCUCGGUCUCAGACGUGGCCUCCAGCUCCGCCCCGGCGCCCGCUCUCUGCUGCGCACCCUACGACAGUCGGCUGCUGGGCAGCGCGCGGCCGGAGCUGGGCGCCGCCUUGGGCAUCUACGGAGCCCCAUACGCAGCCGCUGCGGCUGCCCAGAGCUACCCCGGCUACCUGCCCUACGGCCCGGAGCCGCCCGCGCUGUAUGCGGCGCUGAAUCCACAGUAUGAAUUUAAGGAGACUGCAGGGAGUUUUACACCUGGCCUGGCACAACCAGGAGCCUAUUAUCCCUAUGAGCCGACUCUGGGGCAGUACCAGUAUGACCGGUAUGGUGGGGUGGAGCUGAGUGGCGCUGGGCGCCGGAAGAACGCCACCCGGGAGACCACCAGCACACUGAAGGCCUGGCUGAACGAGCACCGCAAGAACCCCUACCCCACCAAGGGCGAGAAGAUCAUGCUGGCCAUCAUCACCAAGAUGACCCUCACCCAGGUGUCCACUUGGUUUGCCAACGCGCGGCGGCGCCUCAAGAAGGAGAACAAGAUGACGUGGGCGCCCAAGAACAAAGGCGGUGACGAGAGGAAGGCAGAGAGUGGCGCUGAGGAGCCGCUAGGCUGCCUAAACGGUGAUACCAAAGACGUUACUGCUAGCCAGGAGCGCCGGGGGCUCCAGCUGAGUGACCUGGAAGACCUAGAGGAAGAGGAGGAGGAGGAGGAAGCUGAAGAAGAGGAGGCGGCAGCCACGGCGGAUAGGCUGGCAGAGUUCCAUAAGGGCGCGCGGUCGCUGCCUGGGCCGUGCACCGCAGCUCGAGAGGGCCGGCUGGAGCGCAGGGAGUGCGACCUGGCCGCGCCCCGCUUCUCCUUCCACGAGCCCUCGGAGUCGGGAGAAGCUGACUUUCUCGCGGCCGAGCAGGGCGGCCCCAGGUUGACCAUGCACUAUCAGUGCGGCGAGAAACCGCGCAUCUGGUCUCUGGCGCACACUGCGGCAGCCAGUGCUGUGGAAGGCGCACCCCCAGCCCGGCCCGGGCCACGAAGCCCUGAGUGCCACAUGGGUCCCGAACAGCCCCUAUCCUCCAACGGACGACCUGCGGUCCUCAGAGACUCCGCGCGCGACGAGUCUUCCCGCAUAGCCAAAGCCUUUGGAAGCUCCAGGUUUGCCCUGCAGGGGCUGCCGCUGAACUGUGCGCCGUGCCCGCGGAGGAGGGAGCCUGCCGUGCAGUGCCAGUACCCGUCUGGAGCAGAAGCAGGUUAGCGCAAUGGCUGCGAUUUGCUGAAGGAUCUUGGAAAUGAGCCCCACUUUUGCAACUCACCUCCACGUUAAGAAGCUGCGAGACCUCGCCAGGGACCAGGAGCUCUCACCUCACCUAAGAGACAGACACAGAAACCCCCUUAGCUGCUGUCCUUGCACGCCGAGCUGGAGGUGGUGGACAGACUUGAAUCUUGUCAGAUCCCCCCGGGGAGGUGGAAGGGCACCUGGGGUUAGGCUGAGUGGGAGACCGGGCGAAUCUGCUCAGAGCACCGACCCCACCAAGUCUCCCUGUCUCCUCUGGAUUCAGGGCCCGAUGCCGCUUCCUCUCCUGCUCUCACCCCUGCCCCUCACUCCCCCCCCCACACACACUUUAUAACCUCAUCGCUGAUCUGACCCCCAAGGACCACAUGCGUCUCUUCCCCCUCCCCACCCCUUGUGUCCUUAAAAAGAACCAGUCGGAACCCAUG